AAUUUGUCAUGCGCAUACUUUUGCGGCUUUCUAAUUCUAAUUGUACCACCGCUAGCAGACAGAAUUACCUCUACACACUCUCUACCAAUUACUUGAACGACAGAAUCAACGAACUCGUUCGCGAUGGCAAUAUCGAUGACGCCCGAAAACUGUUCGAUGCGUACCCCCGGUCCAGGAACACCUCCUCCUGGAACUCCUUGAUCAAUGGCUACAUCAAAACGCGCCGCCUGUCUCAUGCCCACAACCUAUUCGAUCAAAUGCCCCACAGAGAUGCCGUCUCUUGGACUACUUUGCUUACAGGUUUUCGCGAUGCCCAUGACCCCUACAACGCUCAUCUUUGUUUUCUACAGAUGCUCCGCCAUAGCAGACCCACCGAGCUCACCUUCGCAGUACUUCUCAGUGCAUUUUCCAACACUAAGGAGUUUUGCGUUCUGGUUCCUCAGCUGCACGGCCUCGUCAUUCCUCUCGGGCUUGAUCUUAAUAUCUAUUUGGGCUCUGCCUUAAUGAGGGGAUACAUCGGAUUAGGUGAUCGGGGUAGUUUUUGUAGAGUUUCUGAUGAGAUAUUAAAUAAAAAUGUUGUCACCGGAAAUGUAGUAUUAUUGGGUUACAUGGAGUUUGGGAUGAUAGAUGAAGCGAAGAAGGCUUUCGAUUUGAUGCUCAAGAGAAAUGCUUUCUCUUGGAGCACCAUGAUCAAUGGGUAUAUGAAGAAUGGAAUGGUUAGUGAAGCAAGGGAGGUUUUCGAGAGGCGGAGGCGGAGGGGCGAUGAUAUGGAUGUAGUGUCGUGGACUGCGAUGAUGAGAGGAUGCAUCCGGCAUGAGAAGUUCUCCGAGGCUCUUAAUUUGUUUCCUUUAAUGAUGAACUCUGGAACACUUAUACGGCCAAAUCAGUAUACCUUUUCGUGUGCUCUAGAUGCUUGUGCUGGCUGCUCUUCUCUUGUUGCGGGGAGGCAAGUUCAUGCUUGCAUCCUCAAAGUAGGGAUUCAUCUCGAUGUGGUUCUGGCGACCUCCCUUGUUGACAUGUAUGGGAAAUGCGGGGAUUUAGAUGCUGCAUUCUGUGUGUUUGGGGGUAUGGGGACGAAAAAUUUGGUGUCGUGGAAUUCCAUCAUCGGAGGAUGUGCGAGACAUGGAGUUGCGGGGAGGGCAUUGGCAGAGUUUGAGAGAAUGGUGCGGAGGGGUGUGGUUCCUGACGAGAUUACGUUCAUCAACGUUUUGGGAGCCUGCGUGCAUGGAGGACUGGUUAAAGAAGGUGAAGAGGUAUUCAAGUCGAUGAGUGGGAAAUAUGGAGUGGAACCGCAAAUGGAACACUAUUCGUGCAUGGUGGACCUUUAUGGUCGGGCAGGUCAGCUGGAGAAGGCGGUGGAGGUUAUAAAAGGGAUGCCUUUCGAGCCGGAUGAAGUAGUUUGGGUCACCCUGAUUUCGGGCUGUUGUAGACUCUACUCUUCUCCCGGCAUAAGGAAACUUCUACUGGAACAGCAGCAGCAUCACCCAGCAGCAGUGGCAAUGCUGCUACUUUCCAAGAUACAUUCUGAGAUUGGAAUUGGAGCAGCACUCGUCCAGACAUUGAAAUUGAAAUUGCCUGCUGCUGCUGCCAGAAAACAUAAGGCUGGGAGUUGGAUUGAUUGAUCGAUCCAUCGAUUGGUUGAGCCAAACCAUACAUACACACACACACAUAUAUAUAUAUAUAUAUAUGCUGGUGAAACUGAAGGAGAUUAAAGACGAGCGACCGGUGAGAAUAUUUUGUUCGUCCGCCAAAUUUAUUUUCAGUUUCUUUUUUUGGUCAAGUCAUUUAAUUUUGAAAAGGUGAAAAAUGUGAGCCCGUUUCUAUCCUUCACAACAAGAAAACUGUCCAACGAGAGUUGUUCCAAUCAACAUCAACCAUUAAUUCCGAAGUACCGCCUAUGAACUUUGAAGAUGAAAACUCUAUCAAAGUCUCAAGAAUUGUGGGAACUUGCCGGCUAAUCCAGAUCAUCAACUACGGGAGAAUAGCAGAAAAGAUGCGAAACUGUUAUUACUCGUCCAAUAGGCAUUGGAGAAUGAGAUCUUCCCCUGUAUUGCAGGCAGCCACAAUAUCCUCCAAGCAAGUGUGGGAUAUUCUACAGCAAGAAUCUUUAGGUGACAAGAAAAUCAUCAUUAUCAAAUUGCAUCCCCUUUGUGCAAGAAUACCUCUCUCGGGUAUCCGAAAUUGUUAAUCAAAUGAAAUCAUAUGCUGAAAGUAUCAGUACUGAAAUGGUUGUAUGUAAGGUGUUGAGGAGGUUGAUUCCAAAAUUUGAUCACGUGGUUGCCGAUGUUAAGAAAGUAAGGAUUUAUCUACCUACACUCUUGCUGAAUUGAUGAGUUCUUUAAUGGCCACAUGAAGCAUGACUUGAUCAAUCCUGUAAAAAACUGUGAAGAAAAAGCAUUUCAAGUAAAAGGGGAUACUCAAGACGAGGAUGUGGUGGGGGCAGAGGCAAGUCAAUUUGAACCACGCCAAUUUAGAAAAAAAUAAUUAUACAAUGCCCAUA